AUGAGAUCUCCCCUAGCACUCCUACUCUCCCUCGUCGCUGUUGUCAGUGCCCAAGACUCGAGCUUGAGCGCCGUAAAAAAGGUCUUUGACGACGCCAACAUCCCCUCUGACCUCUCGAUCAAGUUCAGUCCGAGGGCCCUGCUUGAAGUCAGCCUCCCGCAGCCCACAGGCGGCGCCAUAACACUCCAUGCCGGAAUUCAGCUUCCGCGGAAUGCCACCGCCGGGCCCCCAUCCUUCCGUAUCAUCGGUGCCCGCUCUCGCGGCCCCUUCGUCAUAGCAGCCGUCGACCCCGACGCACCUACCCCCCAAACUCCCACCGUCUCACAGAUCCGACACUUCCUCGGCGGUAGCUUUACGCGCCUCAGAGACACGCUAACCAACUCCACCCCCGCUGUCUCCGACUUCCGUCAGCCCACUCCGCCUGCUGGAUCCCCCGCUCAUCGCUACAUCUUCCUGUUGUUCAACCAACCUCCAGGAUUCGAGUCGCAGACGAUCGUCACGCCAACUACAUCUAUCAGCUUGUUCAACAUUAGCAGUUUCGCAGAGACCGUAGGUUUGGGGGAUCCCAUCGCGGGCACGUUCAUGCUAGUCGCACCAGACGCCUAA